GGUGGUAAAAGAACCUUACGUGUCAGUCCCUCAUUGGACCUAUUGUCUCUCUCUCUUGUUGUCGUCUGUAAAGUCAAUAAGUUUGAUAUUGAUCCCUUCUUUUUCUCUACUAAUUGGAAGGAGUGGACUUUCUUCUCAAUCUCGCCGAGCAUGUCUUCAAAGAAACUGAAAUCGGCGAACGACGUGAGUAGCAGCGGAGGAGGAUUUGGCGGCUCUGAGAACUACUGUAUUCAGCAGUGUUCCUCGAUUAUACAACAGAAUAUAUGAUGGUAUCACUAAUGCAGUAAAAUCCUCUGGCGGGAUGAAAGAGAGGCUCUUCAAUGCUGCCUAUAAUUCAAAGAAGCAGGCUCUCCUAAACGGAAAGAAUGCUUCUGCAAUAUGGGAUAGGCUGGUUUUCAAUAAGAUAAAGGACAAACUUGGAGGCCGGGUUCGUUUUAUGACGUCUGGGGCUUCACCUAUGUCUCCUGAAGUCAUGGAAUUCAUGAAAAUAUGCUUUGGAGCAAGGGUUUUAGAGGGAUAUGGGAUGACUGAAACAGCUUGUGUUAUAAGUGGAAUGAACGAGGGAGAUAACCUCAUUGGACAUGUUGGCUCUCCUAAUCCAGCUUGUGAAAUAAAGCUUGUGGAUGUCCCGGAAAUGAACUACACAUCGGCAGAUCAGCCCCAUCCCCGCGCAAAAUUUGUGUUAGGGGCCUUUUGUUUUUCGAGGCUAUUACAAAGAUGAAGUUCAAACGUAUGAACACCUAGUGCAUUACAAGUUCCUCUUUAACCAACUAAAUCUAUAUUAUAAUAGAUGAAUUUUUGCUCACUCCUCAGCGC